AUGGCAUCCGUCUAUGCAGGUCCACGCAAGAAGCCCUUAGCCUGGAAGCUCAUCCCGGUGCUCGCCAGCCCAGCACCAGCACCGUCGCAUCUACCAUGGUCCAUGGGCCGAUUCACGAGGACGUCCUCAUCGCUAUCGACGUUGCAUCCCCUACGAGGGGAGAUUACCCAGACCGCCAUGUCGGACGCCCAUAUGCCAGUACUUCCCUCGCGGGCUGAAUCGAUAAAAGCCUGGUUGUAUCCAGACACCGGCAGACCGACUUCUGCCUUCCCCGUCGUCCAAGAGAAGAGUGGCGUCGACAGCAGUCUUGCGCAUACCCUCGCAAUGGCCCAUCAAUCUCCUCAAUCCUCCCCCGCGCCGCCGAGGUCCGCCUUCGCUCUCUUCUCGAUCGUCUUGUUCAUGAUAUUGGGCUUAUUUGCCGUCUCUAAACUCAACACAUCCGGCGCAAGGCAUGGCUUCAACUUCCAGCACACCAAUCGCAUCAACGCCCAGACCGAAAAGUCCCGCGCAGAGGGAACUGGCGACCAAUACUUGAUCGGGGUUGGGAAAGCGGACAUCACUGGUCCUGUGGUCGAGAUUGGCUUUGCGGGAUACGCCGACACUUCCCAGGUCGGUACGGGUCUCCGACAACGCAUCUUCUCGCGAGCUUUCAUCAUCGGAGACGUAAACAACCCCGACGACCGAAUUGUAUACCUUGUUCUCGACGUCCAAGGCGGCGAUACGGCGGUGCGAUACGGCGUCCUCGACGGUGUGGCGGCAUUGGGGGAAGAAUAUGCAGUAUAUGGCCAGGGGAACAUCGCUGUCACUGGUACACAUUCCCACUCUGGGCCUGGGGCUUGGUUCAACUAUCUACUGCCCCAGAUCACCAGCUUGGGCUUUGACAAGCAAAGCUACCAAGCUAUCGUUGAUGGCGCAGUCUUGUCCAUUCAGAGAGCUCACGAGUCUUUGACUGAAGGCUAUCUCGACUAUGGCGCCGUCAACAUCACCGAUAGCAACCUGAGUCGAAGUCUGUAUGCUUACUUGGCCAACCCAGCUGAGGAGCGAGCGCAGUAUACGGACGACGUCGACAAGGAAAUGACUGUUCUCAAGUUCCAGCGCGCUUCGGAUAGCAAGAACAUCGGUGUUCUCACUUGGUUCCCUGUUCACGGCACCUCCGUCUACCAGAACAGCACACACGUGACAGGUGACAACAAGGGCGUGGCGGAACUCAUGUUCGAGAAGGCUAUGGAGAGCGACGACUCCGCUGCAGACGGCUUUGUCGCUGGCUUUUCUCAGGCGAACGUAGGAGACACUACCCCUAACACCCUCGGCGCUUGGUGCGACGAUGGAUCUGGCGCUAUGUGCAGCUUUGAAAAUAGCACCUGUGCAGACGGCAAGUCACAAGCAUGUCAUGGUAGAGGUCCUUACUUUGAGGCACUCGAUCUUGGUAUCGCAAGUUGCUACGACAUUGGCACACGCCAAUAUGACGGGGCUAGAUCCGUCUACGACUCUUUUGGCUCAUCUGGUACACCGGUCGUUGGCUCGUCGGUCAAAUCAUUCCAUUUCUACCAAGACAUGAGCUUCUUCAACUUCACGCUAGAGAAUGGAACAGAGGUGCAGACUUGCCCGGCAGCGCUUGGUUACUCCUUUGCGGCUGGCACAACAGAUGGCCCCGGCGCUUUUGAUUUCACCCAGGGAGAUUCGGGCAUUCCAAAUGCGAAUCCUAUCUGGAUCCUCGUCAAAGAUCUGAUCCGUGCUCCCUCGCCCGCGCAAAAGUCCUGCCAGGAGCCCAAGCCCGUCUUGCUUGAUGUUGGUGAGUUGGACACGCCUUACGCCUGGAGCCCGAAUAUUGUCGAUAUACAAAUGCUCCGCGUCGGGCAAUUUGUAAUGAUCAUCAGCGCCGGCGAAGCCACCACCAUGUCCGGUCGCAGAUGGCGUGCCGCUAUCAAGGCUGCCACUGCUGACUUUACUGAUGCCGAGCCCAAAGUCGUACUAGGUGGCCCCGCGAACACGUACGCACAUUACAUUGCUACUCCAGAGGAGUAUGGAAUUCAGCGAUACGAGGGAGCGAGCACACUAUACGGACAGUGGGAAUUGCCCGCGUACAUCAACUUGACCGUCAGCAACAUCGGAUAUCUGGCCCCUGACUCUACCAGCUCGCCUGCUCCGGGCCCGAGCCCACCAGAUAAUCGCAAUAACAGCCUCAGCUUCAUCACGGGAGUUGUAGUGGACAACGCACCACUAGGUAAGUCCUUCGGUGACUGUACCGUACAGCCGUCGACGACGUACGCCCCUGGUGCAGUUAUCAACGCGACGUUUGUGGGCGCCAACCCGCGGAACAACCUCCGGCUGGAAGGUACCUUCGCUGCGAUCGAGCAGCAGAACGGCGACACCUGGACGCAGGUCCGCGACGACUCGGACUGGUCCCUUGUCUAUACCUGGACGCGUACGAACAGCGUGCUGGGCUACAGCGAGGUGGUCAUCAGCUGGGAGAGCGAGACCGACGUCGCGGCCGGCACCUACCGCGCGCGGUACUACGGCGAUAGCAAGGCGUUGUCGGGUACCAUCACCGCAUUCGAGGGGACGAGUGAUAGCUUUACCAUAACUCAGCGUAGCGUAACUUGA